AGUGGGUCCGGCUUGGCCUCUGCCCGGCCGCGGCGCCGGGGCGGCGGGCGCCGAGCCGUGCGGUGAGGACCCCAGGCAGAGUAGGGCCGGGCCGGGCCGGGCCGGGGGUCCAGGAUGCUCAACGUCCCGUCUCAGUCCUUCCCGGGCCCCGGCUCGCAGCAGCGCGCCGCCUCCGGGGGCCGCAGCAAGGUCCCUUUAAAACAAGGCAGAAGUCUUAUGGAUUGGAUUCGACUGACCAAAAGUGGAAAAGACCUAACAGGUUUGAAAGGGAGGCUGCUUGAAGUCACUGAAGAAGAACUUCAGAAACACAACAAGAAAGACGAUUGUUGGAUAUGUAUAAGAGGGUAUGUUUAUAACGUCAGCCCAUACAUGGAAUAUCACCCCGGGGGAGAAGAUGAACUCAUGAAAGCGGCGGGAGCAGACGGCACUGAUCUCUUCGAUCAGGUUCACCGUUGGGUCAACUAUGAAUCCAUGCUGAAGGAAUGCCUGGUGGGCAGGAUUGCCGCGAAGCCCACUGCCCCGAAAGACUGUCGUGAGGAAAAGAGAGUCUUAAAUGGUUUGCUCCCGAACAGGCCAGAUCCACCUGCCACAGAAAGCCCCGCCUCUCCAAGCUAUGACUGGUUCCAAACAGACUCUUUGGUCACCGUGGUCAUAUAUGCUAAGCAGAAGGAUAUCAGUUUAGAAUCAAUAAUCAUUGAUCACCAGGGUGGCUCCUUCAGAGCAGAAACAAUUUUGAAGGACUCUUCAUAUCUGAUACAUAUCGGGCUAAGCCAUGAGGUUCAGGAAGACUUUUCUGUGCGGGUUGUUGAGAACGUGGGGAAAAUAGAGAUUAUCCUUAAGAAGAGCGAGUGCACGCCCUGGGAGCGUCUGGGCCGUCCCCUGGAGAAGCACGGCUCGCUGACGCCGAGGAGCGGGGCAGGUCUCUACUACAGGAAGUGCCGGCUGGUUUCCAAGGCAGACGUUACUCCCGACACGAGGCUCUUCCGCGUGGCGCUGCCUCCGGACACUCACCUGCAGGUGCCUGUCGGGCACCACGUUUACCUCAAGCUAACGAUCGCGGGUACAGAAAUAGUAAAGCCAUAUACACCUGUAUCUGACUCCUUAGUCUCAGAGUUCAAAGAACCCCUUCUUCCUGACAAUAAAUACAUCUACUUUUUGAUCAAAAUUUAUCCUUCUGGCCUCUUCACACAGGAGCUUGAUCGUCUUCAGAUGGGAGAUUUUGUUUCUGUAAGCAGUCCUGAGGGCAGUUUUAAAAUAUCCCAACUCCAGGAAUUAGAAGAUCUCUUUUUAUUGGCAGCUGGAACAGGCUUCACACCAAUGGUUAAAAUUCUGAAUUAUGCUUUGACUAAUAUACCCAGUCUCAGGAAGAUAAAGUUGAUGUUCUUCAAUAAAACAGAAGAUGAUAUAAUUUGGAGAAGCCAAUUGGAGAAAUUAGCAUUUGAAAAUGAAAGAUUUGACGUUGAAUUUGUUCUCUCAGCACCUGCUUUGGAAUGGCGCGGCAAGCGAGGGCUCAUUUCGCCGGCUCUUCUUUCUGAGUUCUUGAAGAGGAGUCUGGAGAACUCCAAAGUCCUCCUGUGCAUUUGUGGGCCGGCGCCGUUCACCGAGCGCGGGGUGGGGUUGCUGCACGGUCUCGGCUUUUCCGCCGAUGAGAUCCACAGCUUCACGGCAUCAUGAAGAACGUCCUCCGUCUUACACUCAACCGGGUUAUCUUCCUCGUGACUGGCAUUUUUUUAAGUGAACAUUUUUGUAUGUCCCAAAGGUUAACUAGCGUCCAGGCUUCCAUUUCUUCAAGGGAAUCCAGCGUUCCCUUGCUGCGGGUAACUCCUUGGUCUUGUUUUUUACUACUGAUAAUUAACCUGGACAGCCAAUCCGGGCAACAGGGGCGUGCGGGGUUCUUUGUUAUGGAUUACAAAUUUCCUUACAUUCAGAUUGUAUCACUGUUCUACCAUACCACUUGUAAAUGGUCACUUUGAUUAUGUUUCUAUGCUAUGGUAAUGUAUUAUUAGCAAUACGUUCUAUUUUACUCAGGAAUUGAUCAUUUAUGUCUUUGUUAUUAAUAUUAAAAUGUGAAAUAUGGUAAUCUAUGAAGUGAACAAAUCUUUUGUAUGUAUGGCCUUGUUGCAGAGUAGAAUAAAAUUAUACUUCAGUUCUUUUUAA